GGACCCACAGCCUUCUCUUCAGUGUGUGUGCAGCAGUGUGCGGAGGAGCAUCCAGACCAGAGUCCACCAUGAACAGAGUUUUUACCAAAACGAGUGUGACACGCUUGGCUGGUGUCCUCCAAAGGUUUCAGAGCACUUUGGUGGUUGCAGAACACAACAAUGACAAGCUGACGCCAAUUACAUUGAAUGCCAUCAGUGCUGCUAGUAAACUUGGCGGAGAAGUUUCAUGUCUUGUCGCAGGAACAAACUGCACAAAGGUUGUGGAAGAAAUCAGUAAAGUACAAGGUGUGAAGAAAGUUUUGGUGGCUCAGAGUGACUCUUACAAAGGAGCUCUCCCAGAGGAGCUGACGCCGCUCAUCUUGGCCACACAAAAACAGUUCAACUUCACCCACAUCUGUGCCGGCGCGUCUGCUUUUGGAAAGAACUUGCUGCCAAGAGUGGCUGCCAAGUUGGAUGUGGCUCCAAUCUCGGAUAUUAUUGAGAUCAAGUCUCCGGAUACGUUUGUCAGAGCCAUCUACGCCGGCAAUGCACUUAGCACAGUCAAGUGUAAUGAGCCUGUGAAGGUGUUGACCGUAAGAGGGACGUCCUUUGAGGCGGUUCCCACAGAGGGAGGAAAUGCUGCAACAGAAACGGUGGCUGCUGAUUCGGCCGUGGGAGUUUCUGAGUGGCUGGAACAGAAUCUGACCAAGAGUGACCGUCCAGAGUUAACCAGUGCAAAGGUUGUCGUGUCAGGAGGAAGAGGCUUGAAGAGUGGCGAAAACUUUAAAUUACUCUAUGAUCUUGCAGACAAAAUGAACGCAGCAGUUGGCGCUUCUAGAGCUGCAGUGGAUGCUGGGUAUGUUCCUAAUGAUAUGCAAGUCGGACAAACGGGCAAGAUUGUAGCACCGGAGCUGUACAUCGCUGUGGGCAUCUCUGGAGCUAUUCAACACUUGGCUGGAAUGAAAGAUAGCAAGACUAUUGUGGCCAUCAACAAGGACCCAGAGGCUCCCAUUUUCCAGGUGUCAGACUACGGCUUGGUUGCUGAUCUCUUUAAGGCUGUUCCUGAGAUGACUGAAGCCCUGAGCAAGUGAGGCGAAAGCAAGCGUCAAAGCUUUCAUGUGCCAGCUGCAGCCUUCACCGAGAACGAGUACAGGAUGCAACAGACCUGCUGUGAAUGUCAUUAGAUCAAUAACAUGUUUUAUAUAUACACGUUUUAAAUGUCAACAAUUGAAGCACAAGUUUGAUUGAACAUAUUUUGUGCUUCUAGUAUUGACGAGCUGCAAUUCCACUUAACUGGUGGUGUCUGGGAAAUCUUCCUGCUAAGAUGUAACAGUUGUAAUUUUGAGAUUCAACGCAUUAAAAGUGACAACUGAUGA